CGUACUUUUCUUCUUAAUAUUAUACUAUGUUUACAUAGUUGUCCCGACUCUCCUGCCCAAUGCAUAUGUAAUUUCGUCGAACACUUAGUGUACAAACUUUGGCGCACUUCACAAAACUCGAAACUCGAGGGUUUAAGGAUUUUUUUCGCGUCUGAGGAAGAAACCCUAAAAAAAAAUGUCUCCAUUUCGAACUCUGACGACUCUUCUAAGAGUAACUCAUCGGCCAUCACGUUCCUUUUCUUCUUCGCAGGCUCCGAUCUCCUCCGCUUUCGCUAAUUCAAUCUCCGGAAAACCGAGGAUUUCGUAUCAGAAUAAUUCUGGAGGCCAUACAAGGAACUUACGUCACUUGGAUCCUCGGCUUUGGAUGAUCUUUUCAGGACAAGCUGCAAUACUUGGGUUUUGUGGGAACGUUGUAUUGGCAGAGAAUGAGACAAAACCUGUAGAUGAUACUGGUCUAGAACGAAUCGAGGACGGUUCUGUCGUAUCUAAUAUACACACAUCUAAGUGGAGAGUGUUUACUGAUAGUGGAAGAGAUCAUUUCUUUCAGGGGAAACUGAAGCCGGCCGAGAGACUUUUUAGUUCGGCAAUACAGGAAGCUAAGGAAGGUUUUGGAGAGAGAGAUCCACAUGUUGCAUCUGCAUGCAACAAUCUGGCAGAGUUAUAUAGAGUGAAGAAAGAAUUCGACAAAGCAGAGCCUUUGUACCGGGAAGCUGUUAGUAUAUUGGAGGAGUCCUAUGGUCCUGAAGAUGUGCGUGUUGGUGCUACUCUACACAACCUUGGACAACUCUAUCUUGUCCAGCGGAAACUUGAGGAAGCUCGUGUGUGCUACGAGGUAAUCACCAUUGCAAAUUUACCUGUCUCUUUGUAUUACAUCUGCAAGGAAAAGAAACAGAUGCGGAAGCUCUUAUUCUGGAUUCUCUUAAAAUACUUGAGGCAUGAAGGUGGUCAAGGAGAGUCCAUGACAUAUAUCAGGAGACUGAAAUAUCUUUCUCAGAUAUAUGUACGAUCCAAUCGCCUGGCUGAAGCUGAAAGCAUACACAGGAAAAUACUGCACCUGAUGGAAUUAUCAAAGGGAUGGAACUCAAUGGAGGCAGUAACUGCAGCUGAAGCAUUAGCUCUGACUCUACAAUUAUCUGGGAAGCUGAGAGAAGCUCUAGAACUUUUUGAAAAGUGUCUCGAUACUCAAAAAACCUUACUUCCAGAAGGACAUAUCCAGAUAGGUGGAAAUUUUUUGCACAUCGCGAAGACAUUGAUGCUUCAGGCUACUCAGUUGAGAAGAACAGAUAAGAGUGAAGCUCUAUCUAAACUUGAAAAAGCAAAGAAUUAUCUUGAAGACUCAUCUAGGAUAGCAAAAGAUGUUCUGCUUAAGCUGAAAAACCGAAAGAGCAAAGAGCAGAAACACGGAAAAUCCAAUGGUACUCUAAGGAAUUAUGAACACGCAGCUUUAGUCAUACUGCUGCAAUCUCUUGAGAGUCUUGCAGUUUUGGAGAUGAGUAAAAAUGAGAUCCAGGAGCCAAAGUUUGGUUGUGGUGGAACUCAGCUGCAAGAUUCUCCUGAAGUAAAAUCAGAAUACCUUUCGUGUCUUAAGCAUCUCUCAGCUUUAUUAGCCAACAAAGAGACUACGCUUAACUCAAAAGCAAGUCCUGUUUCUUUAUUGGAGCUGAAGGAAGAAGUUAAGCGUAUUGAAAUCGAUCUUCUUUCGCAUAAGAAAGGCUAAAAAAAAAAGCUUGUGAUUAAGAUGAUAUUUCUCGAAUAAAGGUAAUUAUCAAGAUCCGAUUGUUGAAUUUAAAAGAAUUUAAAUGAACUAAUAUGCGAUACAUUGCAAAGUAUUGUAAAUUUAAACAGAUAUUUUCAAGGCAAUAAAUUCUAAACAUUUUUUUGGGCAGAC